AUGGCUGAAGAGGAAGAAGAUACGCUUGGCCUCGAUACGCCCAUCCAGAAGGCCCGGGCCAAAGUCGCCCGUAUCGACAACGACCGACUAUUCAACCCGGUGCUGGGGUUACCGUAUAUCGUCAAGAAUUACCCCAAAUUGGUCAAGCUGAUCGAACACAACGACCGCAAGUUCAGAGGGUCGAAAUACCAGCGGGAACACGAGAACUUGGGCAAAAUCUUAUCGUUCUACCACUUGUGGGCCCACGGGAUGUUCCCCAAAGCGACGUUCAGGGACUGUAUCAAGCUUACACGUCGUUUUGGUGACCGUCUGACUCGAGUGAAAUUGUGGCGCCGUUCGCUUAUUGAAGCGGAAAUCAAUAAGUUAAAGGUGAAACAAGGGUUGAUUACUGAAGAGGAUGCUCAGGAAAACCUUAGAGAGUUCUCGGUGGUGGUGAAUAACGAGGAAAACGCCCUGGAGGCAGUCUCGGCUACCAUUGACGACGAAGACGAUUACGUGGCUCCCAUGGAUUUCUCGUUUAUGGAACUGUCCUUAUUUGUUGGUGCUGAAGGUGAAACUAACAAUGACGACGUGCCCCUGCCACUGGAACUGCCAUCGGCUGAGAAACGGUCUACUUCUUUACCUACACCUCCCGCCGCACCCGAACCUAUUGAGGCAGAGGAAGAGGAAAUCCCUAGUGACAUUGAACGCCAAGCAAUGGAAGAAGCCAACAACAACAACGACGACGACGACGAUGACCCCUUUAGCGACGACGACGCCGAUAUCCUCGCCGCCGCCUCCCUAGCAUGA